UCGCGCCGUCCGUCAAAUCGAAGGUGCAAAAGUGAAAGCGGUCGGCCUUUGCCUUUCAUUAUUACAUUUCGUUCGAAUCAAAACGGUAUCAAAGCCAACAUGUUCGUCGUGAGGAGCGUCACGAUCGUCACCGCACUCUUGAUGCUGACAAGAGUCUGUUUUUUGGCGACGACAAAAACUGCUUCGUUUAAUACAAUAAGGAAUAUCAGAAGCAUUGCCGGAAUGUCGAAGUUUGAUUUACCUAAUCGUUUGAAAGGCAACGAAAAAUCUGUCUGGGUCGAAUACAUCCAGCUCGCUCUGCAGUACAAGCCACUGAACUUGGGCCAGGGCUUUCCUGACUAUUAUGCACCAGAGAAUGUGACCAAUGCUUUGGCUGCUAUCGCCAAGAGUGACAAUCCACUUUUGCAACAGUAUACGAGAGGAUUUGGUCAUCCAAGAUUAGUGAAUGCAAUUGCAAAGUUUUACUCCAAACUUAUCAAUCGUGAUCUGGAUCCGAAUAAGGAAGUGUUGGUUACUUCUGGUGCUUACGAAGCAUUGUAUGCCACACUGCAGGGUCACACUAAUCCUGGAGAUGAAUGGAUCAUCAUUGAACCAUUUUUUGAUUGUUACGUACCUAUGGUACAGGCAGCAGGAGGAAUUCCUAGAUACAUAGCAUUAAAACCAACAACUACAUCAGGUACAGUUACUUCUGGUGAUUGGGUAUUUGACAGGAAAGAAAUGGAAAGUCUCUUUAAUGAGAAAACUAAAGGCAUCGUCCUCAACACUCCACACAAUCCCAUAGGAAAAGUAUUUACGCUGGAGGAAUUGCAAUUUAUUGCCGAUCUUGCGAAAAAAUGGAAUGUGCUUGUGGUGUCUGACGAGGUGUACGAACACAUCGUUUACAAGCCAUACAAGCAUAUAAGGAUCGCGACAUUGCCCGGUAUGUACGAACGCACAAUCACAAUUGGAUCAGCGGGCAAAACAUUCAGCGUUACAGGUUGGAAAAUAGGUUGGGCGUAUGGACCAGCAAAUUUAUUAUAUAAUCUGCAAGUGGUACAUCAAAACUCUGUGUACACCUGCAGCACACCGAUACAGGAAGCAGUAGCUAUCGGAUUUGAAUUGGAAAUGGAACGCUUGGAGCAGCCGGAAUGUUAUUUCCACAGUUUGGCGAUGGAAUUAUUACCAAAGCGCGAUUAUAUGGCGAAGUUCCUUCGAGAAGUUGGCAUGAUACCUACAAUACCUGAGGGUGGAUAUUUUAUGCUCGCUAAUUGGUCUGCGUUGGAGAAUAAAGUGAAACUGCACGAAGAGACUGACGAGAACAAAGACUACAAGUUUACCAAGUGGAUGACGAAAAACGUCGGUCUUCAAGGUAUUCCUCCGUCGGCGUUUUACGGUCCGGAACACAAAACUCUAGCGGAGGACUAUGUGCGGUUCUGCUUUAUAAAGAAAGACGAAAAUUUGAAAGCAGCUGCUGAUAUUUUGAAGAAAUGGGCAUCCCAAUAAUUGGACUAUGUACAUUUAUAUAUAUAUGUAUGUAUAUUCUAUUAACAAGUGCCUCGUGCACUGUAUUAAUUUUUCGUGCUGUCCCAGCACAUUGUGCGCACGGAAAGUUUAUUUUAUAUAAUUAGGAGAGAAUUAUAUUUACUCUGACUUAUUGCUAUUUUUAUAUGUAUCUGAAAUCGUUAGAUUUAUAAUUGUGAUAUUUAUAAAUUUAAAUCUAGCUAUUGUGCCCGUUUUGACGAUGUUGAUUGGGCUUUAGUAUAUAUUGAUUUUAGCCCUCAAAACGGAUACAAUACUAUUUUAAAUCUUUAUACAUUUUGACACUAUAUAUGGUUCAAAUGUGUUAUCUUGUAAUACUAUUAAUCAUGAUGAUCGAUCAGACGAACGACGUUGUUUCAAAGUUAAAUUACAGGUCGGAGUCUAUGUGAAGUUAUUUUUUUGACAUCUUUUAAAUCUCCAAACGUUUUAUCUCGCAAAGUAAAAAUGUUGCUAAAAAA